AUGGCCGCCACUCUGCCCAACGUUUCCUCGGACCUGAUCUGGGAGGUCGUCCGCAGCCAGAAUGCGUUCCUGGUCAACCGCAACGACGCCGGCGGUCUCCAGCUCUCCCGCGACCCCCUCAACCUGGUCAACAAGCACUCCCGCAAGUACGCUGGCUUCGUCAACGACAAGGCCAUCGGCGUUGUCCCCAACGAGAAGGGCGGUGUCAAGGUGAUCAGCAAGAACCAGAAGAACGGCAACAAGCCUGCCCAGGGCACCACUGAGGUUACCUACGGCGGUAACAAGUCCGCGCGCAAGACCUACUCCGCUGUUGCCCGUCAGGCUGCCGCCGGCGGCUACCGUGCCGACCUCCGCGAGGCCGCCGUCCAGCGUGUCUCCGCUAUCCGCCGCUCCCAGCGCCCCGUGAAGGCCACCCCCGAGAAGAAGCUUCGCGGCCCCAAGGCCAAGAAGGCCACCGAGACUGAGGCAUAA